CACCGCACUUUGUUGCAUUUGUCGACUCGAAGAGAUAACAGCUUCACUUGGGUCAGAUUUAAUUACUAACUAAAAAUGCAAACAAAUAAGCUGGUUUUUCUGCUGCUUCUAGCGAUGAUGGAAAGUGAUUCUGUUUCAAGUGCCGAAACUCCGAGCGUUUGUCCGAACAUAUUGAAGCGUGCCCAGUGGAACGCGGCCAAGUCAACCAACGUAACCUACCAAAUCAGACCGGUACCGUUCGUGGUAAUCCACCACACGGUCACGGCGGAAUGCAACGAUGCGAUGGUCGCCUGUAAACCGAUCAUCCGUUCAAUUCAGGACCUCCAUCAGAAAACCAACCGCUGGAGCGAUAUCGGCUACAACUUCCUGGUCACCAACGGUGGAAACGUCUACGAGGGCAUCGGAUGGCACCGGGUUGGAGCCCACACCAGAGGCUACAACAGCAAAUCCAUCGGCAUUGCGUUCGUUGGAAAUUUCGAUCGGGUUCUACCCUCGGCGAAGGCCGUGCUGGCGGCCCAAAAACUGCUCGAAUGUGGCGUACAGCUGGGCGAACUGCAGCCCGACUAUUACCUGUACGGAGCGAGACAGCUCUCCUCCACGAACAGCCCGGGCGAUACGCUGUACGAUCUGCUGCUGGAUUGGGAGCACUACGAUUCGUCACCGGUGGUUUAAAACAUAGAUUGGAGCUGGUUUUACAGAACUUUAUUACGUUAGGUCAUUCUUUUUUUUUCUUUUCUUCUUUUACUUCAAGGGCAGCUUUGCCUCUUGUGUCAGACUUGGAAAAGGGCUCCGAAAAAAAAAUGGAAAUAGACGAUUAGACGGGCACCCCUUUUUUAAGGGGUUACAAUUUCCUCAAAACUAUAAUAUACCGUAGGUACGUACAUCUUCCAAUCUCCGAAACAAAAAAACAGUACAGUUACAGCGUUUUUAGAAGUUGCGUGUAUGUGUGUGUUGUGUGUAAAAAAUAUCACAAGAAGUUAUCUCUUUUACUCUGUCUCCUUCUACGUUGCUAGAUAUAAUAAAAUCUUAGUUACAGAACAGUAAUUUUUUUUUGUUAAUUCUUUCGUUACAUUUUUCUUUGUGUUCAAUUGAAGAAUCCCA